UCCACUCUUCUCACAAACACAGUCUAUACAUACAUACACAAACACACACACUAAAUCUAUACGUAUAUAUAUACAUCUGCAAUCAACUAAAUAAAUGUCAUCAUCACUAUACCAAAGACCACAACACAAGCCCUACACAUCACUCUACAACAGAUCAUCACCAAACUCAAAACUCUACACCUUCACAUCCCUUUUCAAUCGGACAACAGUUUUGCUACUACUAACCCUAAUAAUAAUCCUCGGCGUUUUCUCGCCGUGGAUCGGUGAGCGUUCGCUGUUUUCUGUAACGUCAACAAGGGAUUUGUUCGAAUCAAAAUGGAGGAGUUACACAUUACCUGAAGCCGUAUCGUUUGUUGCGAAUAACGGAACGACGGUUAUCGUGUGUGCUGUAAGUCAGCCUUACUUGCCGUUUUUGAAUAACUGGUUGAUUAGUAUAGUCAGACAGAAGCAUCAUCAGAAAGUGCUGGUGAUUGCUGAGGAUUAUAGCACUUUGUUUACGGUUAAUGCUAAAUGGCCUGGUCAUGCUGUUUUGAUCCCUCCUGCUCCUGAUUUUCAACUUGCUCAUAAGUUUGGCUCUCAGGGGUUCUUCAACUUCACUUCAAGAAGGCCACGUCAUUUACUUCAAAUACUCGAGCUUGGAUACAGUGUGAUGUACAAUGAUGUUGACAUGGUUUGGUUAGCAGAUCCAUUUCCUUACCUGAAAGGAAAACAUGAUGUUUACUUUAUGGAUGACAUGGCUGCUGUAAAACCGCUCGACCACCCUAAUGUCCUACCACCUCCUGGGAAAAAAGGGCGGACUUACAUUUGCAGCUGUAUGAUAUAUAUGCAUCCAACACCGGGUGCAAAAUUAGUCAUGCAAAAGUGGAUUGAAGAACUUCAAGCACAACCAUGGUCUAAAGCAAAGAAAGCUAAUGAUCAGCCUGCUUUCAACUGGGCAUUGAACAAAACAGCUGGGGAGGUUGACCUGUACCUGCUCCCUCAGGCAGCAUUUCCAACUGGCGGGCUAUACUUUAAGAAUCAGACAUGGGUAGAAGAAACCAAGGGGAAACAUGUCAUUAUUCAUAACAACUAUAUAGUGGGUUUUGAAAAGAAGAUAAAGAGGUUCCAUGACUAUAACCUCUGGUUGGUUGACGAUCAUGCCUCAGAAUCUCCACUUGGAAAACUAGAAUGAUCCUAAGCGGCUUUUAUCAAUAGAACCUACUAGACGGAAAUAGAAGCUUAGUAUAUAGAUUCCAUGGUCUCUCCCUUCACUAGAGCCGGACAAAUUUUUUAUUGGAUAACCAUGGAACUCGUGAUGUUUUUUGACGGGUUAGCGGAUAACUUUACCUGCAUUUUUCAAGAUUUACCAGGGCACAAGUGCAGAAGCAUCAAGUUUGUUACUUUACUGUGGGGUUAACACUUGGAACAGAAGGUAUCCAACUUGAUUAUCUACAUGCGUGUCAUUCUUGUUCUCUAGAGUAUGGAAUCUCACAGGAAAUCAAAUCGUCUAAGUUUUGUUUGUAGAAAUUCUGUAAAUUUUGAACUGCUUAGUUGUAGUUAUUUAUUAUUUAUUUGAAUUUAUGAUUACCGCCA